UUUUUUUGAGGGUAAUUAGUCUCUGGACGGCAAAUUUCUUCUCUUGCUAUCCGAUUCCAUCUUCGGCCAAAGCUAUCUUUUCAUUCUCAAAAUUCGCACAAAAAUCUUAAUUUCACUCCCUGCCGCUGCUUCAGUUGGGUUCUCCCCUCCUGCCAACCCACUUCGCCGGUUCUCUGCCAUUCAUCGCUGUCAGAUUUACUGGCAAACUUCAUUUUGUAACUAUUGAUGGGUGCUCCAAAGCAAAAAUGGACACAAGAAGAAGAAGCAGCUCUUAAAGCUGGAGUUGUGAAGCAUGGAGCAGGAAAAUGGCGCACAAUACUCAAAGAUCCAGAAUUUAGUGGUGUCUUGUAUCUCCGCUCAAACGUAGAUCUUAAGGAUAAAUGGAGAAAUAUGAGUGUCAUGGCUAAUGGAUGGGGUUCUCGGGAUAAGGCUAGGGUAGCACUUAGAAGGAUCCAACAUGUUCCUAAGCAGGAUGAAAAUACUUUCGGUAGCAGUGCUGUUCACAGUGAUGAAGAAUCUGCAGAAUUCAUGCCUCCUGCAGUAUCUAGUGAUACACAGCAGAUGCAGCAGAGUUCCGGUCCAAAAAGAACUAUUGUAAGGCUGGACAAUCUUAUUAUGGAGGCUGUGGCUAGCUUGAUGGAGCCUGGGGGUUCUAAUAAGACAGCUAUUGCUACUUAUAUCGAGGAACAAUAUCGAGCUCCUCCAGAUUUUAAAAGGCUAUUGUCAGCGAAGUUAAAGUUUUUAACAUCAAGUGGUAAACUGAUUAAGGUCAAACGCAAGUAUAGGAUAGCACCUACUCCAUCAAUUCAUGGGAGGAGAACUUCCUCAGCAAUGCUAUUGGAAGGACGCCACAGGGAUUUUUCAAACUUUAGUAAUGAUGACAUCACCGUACUUGCAAAAGAGCAGGUUGACUUAGAGUUAGCCCAGAUGAGAAAAAUGACUGCAAAAGAGGCUGCUGCAGCGGCUGCUCGAGCUGUUGCAGAGGCAGAAAUUGCUAUUGCAGAAGCUGAAGAGGCAACGAGGGAGGCAGAGGAAGCAGAAGCUGAUGCAGAAGCAGCACAAGCUUUUGCAGAUGCAGCAAUGAAAACUCUAAAGGCGAGAAAUGCCCAGAAGAUGAUGAUGCAAAUUUGAUUGACAUUCACAGAGUGGUUAAUAUCGAGCAAUUUGAUCUAAUCUUGGGAUUGACUUCCAGAGACCACAGUGUAGUUUGAAGCUUUUUACUCACUUUCCUUAAUUGUAAGUUAAGGUUAGGCCCUUCUGGCGUUGUGUAUGCUAAAUAAUCUUUCUCAAUUUGUCGAUACUGAUAAACUAGUAUUCAAUUCUUAUUGGUUAGUAAUAGCAGCAUUUUGUUAAUUUGGGAAGGUGAACAUUUUCCUGUAUAGCUUUGAGAUGUAUCAUGUACAAACUAGAGUUUCAAUAGGAUAGUCAUUUAUUGAAUUUAUUUUGCCUCCUCAGUGUCGGUCUUUGUACUUGAAAUUGAUACUUAGUUGAUAGGAUUGUGAUGGAACCUAAUAAUGCUUGCCUCGUUGUUUAUGUCCUUUAGAUUUCUCAGCCUCCGGCGAUAGAUUCGAAUGUGCUGAUGGCGGAUGUGGAGCUUUUGGUUUUGAUUUGAUUAUUGAGAUUAAACUGAUUUUUCUGUGCAAUAAAGCAGAACUACAUUUCUUUAA